AUGACAUCUGAACCACCUACCAAGAAGAAAUGCUUAGGUGUUGACUGCGAGAACGACGCGGGCUCCUUGCAAUGCCCGACAUGCCUCAAGCUUGGCAUGAAGGAUAGCUUUUUCUGUUCUCAGGAUUGCUUCAAAAAGAAUUGGAGCCACCACAGAAGCAUUCACAAAUCACAAAGUAAUAUCCUCCACCAUAUUUUCGCUCCGAAAGCAAUCUCACCAGAUCCAGCCACCGGCUUCUAUAAUCCAUUUCCGAGUUUCCCAUUCUCGGGGCCUCUUCGACCUGUUUAUCCUCUAUCCGAACAUCGUACCGUCCCCAAAUCGAUCCCCCACCCAGUCUGGUGGCAAGAUGGAAAUCCUAGAUACAGUCGAUCUCUCACGAAUCGAAACAAGAUUGAAAUUCUCGACUCGAAAGGCCAGGAUGCGAUGCGAAAAAGCUGUCGACUCGCGCGCGAGGUACUCGAUAUUGCUGCGGCCGCGGCAAAGCCUGGCGUAACCACCGACUACAUCGACGAAGUAGUUCAUAAGGCAUGCAUCGAGAGAAAUUCUUACCCGUCUCCAUUGAACUACAAUCACUUCCCCAAGUCCUGCUGCACGUCAGUAAACGAAGUCAUUUGCCACGGUAUUCCCGAUCAGCGAGUUCUCAUUGACGGAGACAUUCUCAACAUUGAUAUUUCUCUCUACCACGAAGGUUACCAUGCUGAUCUCAAUGAAACCUACUACAUUGGUGACAAGGCUAAAGCAGAUCCUGACAAUGUAAGAGUCGUCGAAGCAGCUCGAGAAUGCCUCGAGGAAGCCAUCAAGGCUGUUAAGCCUGGUGUCCUUAUCCGUGAAUUUGGCAACAUCAUUGAAAAGCAUGCCAAAACGAAAGGUUGCAGCGUCAUCAGAACGUAUUGUGGACACGGCAUCAACAAACUUUUCCACUGCGCGCCCAACGUACCUCAUUACGCCAAGAACAAAGCUAUCGGCGAAUGCAAACCCGGCAUGACCUUUACUAUUGAGCCAAUGAUCGCCCUCGGCAAAUAUCGAGACAUUACUUGGCCCGAUAAUUGGACAAGCACGACUAUUGAUGGGAAACGAACGGCUCAAUUUGAACACACACUUUUGGUAACCGAGGAUGGAGUUGAGAUUUUGACAGCGAGGGCGGAAGACUCGCCCGGCGGCCCAAUAUCAGUAACAGAAAACGAAACACCAAAUGGCACACGCACAACAGACUCUUGA